AUGGUCAUGGCACUCAGUUACACCUCUAUCGAAACCCUAGGUCGUGUGGAACUCGGAUCCACACAAUUCACUCCCACCGAUCCAAACAGUCACACAGAUCUUAAUCGCAAUGUCGAUGAGCUGACUAAGAGGUUCGAGGACCCAAACAACUUGGCCGAUUGGCUACUCUGGCAGAUUGACUUGAUUCGCAACUUCAAAUUUGGUCCUAUUGGUGAGGAAAGAAGAAUGGACGAGAGCACCGAGGUGAAGGACAGGAACGUGCUAAUCCGUGACCAGAGCAAGGCAAGUGUCCAUUCGAGAUUAGGCCUGUAG